AUGCAGGCAAACGCCCAACAGGUUCAAGAUGACCUGGCCAACCUCUUUUCUCGUAAUUUGACCUUCAACCCCGACUUUCACGUCUCCGCCCAAAAAGACACAUUACGACAGGAACCGGCCCCCUUGGCUCCAGUUCCUCAACCCAUUGUGUAUUCUAUCUCACAACACUAUCACCACUCUGCUCACACGGCCAAGGCUGCUGCUCAGCCAUAUGAGAACCACGGACAAUGCCAACCCCAGCGGCCAUCAUCAGAGCCGCCUCAGAGCGAGCUUUCCCCAAUGGAGAUGACCCUGCGCAGCUACGGGAUAGACCCUGCCGUUUUGACGCCGUCCCAGGUUCAACUCUUCCGCAUUGCCGAUGAUCCGCAGAAACUUCGUCUACUCGAGCUUUGGAGCAUUUGCCCCCCCAGUAGGGCGGAAGAUAUCCCUUCCCUUGCCUGGAGCAGUACGACCCUGGACCAAGAGGAGCACCUUGCCAAAAUGCGAUAUGAGAGACAACAUAAUCCAGCCAUGAGUCUGGAUGGCACCCAAGUCCAAACCGCUGACGGUAAAUGGACUCAGCACAUGGCAGCCGAAAGUGAGCCAUACAUGACGUCCGGGUAUGAAGAACUCAUGCGGCGGGAAUAUGAACGCCAGUCCGUUGACAACAAAGCCAGGGAUGUUUAUAACCACUACGGUACCGCCGUGGGGAGCGAUAGAUAUACUAGGUCUAACGACCCUGUUUACAAGGGACCCGACUAUGACCAGCAACAACAGCAUUCGGAGAUGGCGGCUCAGUACGGUGCUUUUGAACAGCUCAGGAACGCCUCGAUGCCGUCUGAUGCCAUGGAUUUUAUGUAA